UUAUUUAUCAUCGUUCGAAAAGUCACACGCUUUUUUGAUGUUUCGUUGUUUUCGCUUUUAGAGAAACUACGUAAACAAAAUUCAUCUCAAAUUGAAAACCAAGCAAUUAAAUUAUUUCAAGCAACUCAAGCUUUCCGACCCGAAGAAACUUCCCGAACAUGUCUGUUUUGGUUGAUCAAAGUAAAAAUGGCGACACAGAAUACAAUCAGUCAAACUCGGUUCGCCGUUCGUCUCGACUCUCGGUUCGAAGCCACCAGAUGAUGCAGGUGCCGGAUACUCACGCUCUCAAAUCCCGUGGCUACGUGCUGGGUCGCAGGAUGGCCAAAGGAACCUUUGCAACGGUAAUGCGAGCCAAGUACUAUGAACCCACAACCGGAGAUGGCCUUCAGAAACCGCUGGAUCUCGCCUGUAAGGUUGUUGACGAGAGCAAAUCCAAGGACACCGAAUAUCUUUCCAAAUUUCUUCCCAGAGAGCUUCGCAUUCUAAGUCAAAUCGAUCAUCCGAACAUCAUCCAGACACACAGCAUUCUCCGAAGAGGUUGUCGGGUGUUUAUCUUCAUGCGACUGGCCGAGCGUGGAGAUCUACUCAACUACAUCAGAAAACAUGGAGCCCUGUCUGAAUCUCAAUGCCGAUUCUGGUUCCUGCAGAUGGCCGAUGCAAUACGAUAUUUGCACCAGAAGGACAUCGCUCACCGAGAUCUCAAAUGCGAGAACAUUCUUAUCUCCAAAAACAUGAACAUCAAGCUGUCAGAUUUUGGAUUCGCACGAUCAUGCUUAAACGAAACCGGAAAAGCCCUGAUGUCCCGAACAUUUUGCGGAUCGGCAGCUUAUGCCGCACCGGAAAUCAUCAGCGGCAGACCUUACGACCCGAAAGCCGCCGACCUGUGGUCCCUAGGAAUUAUCUUAUUUAUUAUGCUGAACGGAACGAUGCCCUUCGAUGAGAAGAACCUCAAAAAGUUGAUCCAGUGCCAGAUUGAGCGACAGUUCUCGUUCCGAGCCGAAAUUGAGAAGCUGGUAUCGGAUCGUGCAGUGCAGAUUGUUCGAAACCUGCUGGAACCGGAACCAGGCGUUCGGAUCAAUAUACACGAGGUGCUGCGGGAACGGUGGGAGGAAAAGUCGGUUGCAAAUAAAAAUCAAUAAAUAAGUUA